UUAUGUCAACACGGAAGUGAAUUUACAGCGGUCCUGCUACUCACAUGUAGCAAUAACCACGCACUUCUAGUUUGCCUUACCAGUGACUUAAAUUUAGAUUUUAGCCAGCAUUUACCUGUUACUAGUUCCGUGUUAUCAUAUUUAAAAGACAGAAGCGUAAUAACAUACACCAUGUGAGGUUACCUCGAUUGAGCUUGGUUAGCAUCAUGGCAGAUAAAACACGGAAAAGUUUCAAAUGUAUCAUCGUUGGAGGUGGCAUCGCGGGUGUGACAUGUAUUGAGCAGUUGUCAUGCAGUUUACCGUCAGCUGACGUGGCUCUGAUGACCGCAGGCCCCCACAUCAAGGCUGUGACCAACUACAAACAGGUGGCCAAAGUUCUGGAAGAAUUUCAUGUGGAGGAACAACCAUCCAGUGUGCUGGAGGAGAAGUUCCCCAACUUGACUGUCAUCCACUCUGCCGUGAAAGCACUGCACACACAAUCACAUUUGGUGGAAACAACUGAUGGACAGUUUUUUUCCUACGAGAAGCUGUGCAUCUGCAGCGGGGCCAGACCUAAGCUGCUAACCCAGGACAAGCACUAUGUACUGGGUAUACGGGACACAGACAGUGCCCAGGAGUUUCAGAAGCAGUUAUCUAAAGCCAGGAGAAUUGUUGUUGUGGGAAAUGGAGGGAUUGCCUUGGAGUUAGUCUAUGAGGUGGAAGGCUGUGAGGUGAUAUGGGCAGUGAAGGACAAUGCCAUCGGAAACACCUUCUUCGAUGCGGGAGCUGCGCAAUUCCUCAUCCCGUUGCUGGAGGCCGACAAGCCAGAGAGAGCUGCUCCCUGCAAGAGGCCUCGCUACACCACACAGGAUACAAAACCCGGAGCCGCCCAGACCUUCACAGCAGAUCGAAACACACGAGGACGCAGCUCUGGUCCUACAGAGUCUGGCAGUGCACUCGGUCCAGACUGGCAUGAGGGAAUAGUUCUCAAAGGAGCAGAGCAGGCAUCCCGGAGGGUUUCAGUGGAAUAUCAGUGUGAGGUGGAAAAGAUCUUCACCUCCGAGGAGAUGCUCACCCCCCCAUCACAAACAGACCAACCUGAUACCGCAUGGCCGGUUUAUGUCCAGCUUACCAAUGGCAAGACUUAUGGGUGUGACUUUGUCGUCAGUGCCACAGGUGUCACGCCAAACACUGAGCCGUUUUUACAAGGCAACAAUUUUGCUCUAGCAGAUGAUGGCGGCCUCCAGGUGGAUGAGCACAUGAUGACAUCGGAGCCUGAUGUCUAUGCUGCUGGAGAUGUGUGCACUGCAUGCUGGGAGCACAGCCCACUAUGGCAGCAGAUGCGAUUGUGGACACAGGCUCGUCAGAUGGGCUGGUACGCCGGUCGCUGCAUGGCAGCACAUGUCCUGUCUGAAACCAUCGAGCUCGACUUCUGUUUUGAGCUCUUCUCCCACAUUACAAAUUUUUUUAACUACAAGGUGGUCCUGCUUGGAAAGUUUAACGCACAGGGGCUGGGGGCCGACCAUGAGCUGCUGAUGCGAUGCACCAAAGGCCAGGAGUAUGUCAAGGUGGUUCUAAGAGGAGGGAGGAUGGUUGGAGCAGUGCUCAUCGGGGAAACGGACUUAGAGGAAACCUUUGAGAAUCUAAUCUUGAACCAGAUGGAUCUCACCCCAUAUGGGGAGGAGCUGCUCAACCCCAACAUUGAUAUAGAAGACUACUUUGACUGACUACUGAAGCUGCAAGACACAUUUUUAUUUUAUAGCACAUUUUUUUAGGAAUAAAUAUAAUAAUUUAAUGUGUAGUGUCUGGAAAUAGAAGUUCAAAAGCAGACACACCACAAAUGAACAGCAUUUAUUUUAUGCACAAAUGUAGGUUACGAUCCUCCCCUCUCCACUGAUCUUUAAAGAAACACCUUUUGUUGCCAAGAAGCUCACAUUUCCAACCAAACAAUUCCUCCUGUGCCUCGGCUGGCCUUUUUUUCCCCCCAACAAUAGAGGUUAUUAAGAUAACACAGUGCUGCCAGGAUAUGUUUAGGUUUGAAAAAUGCAACAUACAAUAGCAAAGUCAAUGAUAAAUCAACAGGAGCUCCCAUCUGUUUAUCUCCUGUUUUGCUCUCACGGACUGAUAUACUGUAUGUCCAACUUAUUGAUGACUCACUGAGAAUGCAAAACAUCUACAUGCAUACACUGUAACGAUUGCGCAAGAGGAAAUGUUUAUGACAUGUCAGGAAGUCUCCAAUAAAUCAUUAAUGAGGACACUUUUCAA